AUGUCAUCAAUCAGAGAAGCGACGCACGCAGGCGCCUGGUACUCAGCCAAUCCAUCCACGCUCACCAAUCAGCUAACUGGCUGGUUCAGCGAUGCAGCCGACGCAGGCGUGACCAGCGAUCCGAAAUGCAGAGUGGUAAUUGCACCCCACGCUGGCUUAUCUUUCAGCGGUCGCACAGCAGCGCACGCAUACUCUGCGGCUACGCUGAGCAACUACAAGCGCAUCAUUAUGCUGGGGCCCAGCCACCACGUCUAUCUCGACUCCUGCGCCCUGUCCCCUUUCUCCUCCUACGAUACGCCUUUCGGUCCGCUCAGCGUAGAUAAGGGAGUGAAUGACGAUCUGGCCAAGUGCGGCGCGUUCAAACGCAUGAGCAGAUCUACCGAUGAGGAUGAGCACAGCUUCGAAAUGCAUACUCCGUUUAUUAAGACCUUAUCUAGGGAACACGAUAUAAAAAUCGUCCCAAUCCUCAUUGGCAGUCUCUCGCACGAGCAGGAAGUGGAGUUUGGCGCUUAUCUGUCCAAGUACAUCAACGACCCUGAGACACUCUUCGCUAUUUCGUCUGAUUUCAGUCAUUGGGGAUCGAGAUUCAGAUACACCUACUACAGACCAUCGCCCUCCUCAGACGGACGCAGACUAGCGAAAUCAGACAGCACACAUAAAGACGAAGAUGCUGUACAUGAGAGCAUAACAGGGUUAGACCACGAGGCAUGGGAUAUACUCAGUGGUGCCCUCUCCAACCCCCAACGCUCACAUGAAAACUUUACCAAGUAUCUGCGCAAGACAGGCAACACCAUCUGUGGAAGACAUGCGUUUGGCGUGUUGCUGGGUGCAAUCAGACAUGCAAACAAAGAUUAUGACGGUCAUGUGCAAUGGACGCACUACUCUCAAUCCUCCAAGGCACUUUCCGCCAACGAUAGCAGCGUCAGCUAUUCUGGAGGCUAUAUGGCAUUUUGA